AAACACGGAUAAAGAGUGAAGACGAAGUUGCGUUCAAUGCGCAAAGAUGCUCAUCAUCUCGUCUCGCCGCGCGCUGCUGUCCGUCUACUACCCGCAGAUCUUCCUCAUCCUCACCAGCGGAAGCUACCUGACAUUGUCCUCGGUAGUGGCUCUGGGCGCCAACAUCAUCUGCAACAAGAUACCAGGACUGGCGCCCCGUCAGCGAGCCCUCUGUCAGAGCCGCCCGGACGCCAUCAUUGUCAUCGGCGAAGGCGCCCAGCUGGGCAUUAACGAGUGCCAGUACCAGUUCCGCUACGGCCGCUGGAACUGCUCGGCCCUGGGCGAGAGGACGGUGUUCGGACAAGAGCUGAGAGUAGGUAGCAGAGAGGCAGCCUUCACGUACGCCAUCACGGCGGCCGGCGUGGCCCACGCGGUGACCACGGCCUGCAGCCAGGGCAACCUGAGCCAGUGCGGCUGCGACCGCGACAAGCAAGGCUACCACGACCGCGAGCAGGGCUGGAAGUGGGGGGGCUGCUCGGCCGACGUCAAGUACGGCGUGGAGUUCUCGCGCCGCUUUGUGGAUGCCCGGGAGAUUAAGAAAAACGCACGGCGUUUGAUGAACCUGCACAACAACGAGGCGGGCAGGAAGGUCCUGGAAGAAAGGAUGAAGCUGGAGUGCAAGUGUCACGGCGUGUCUGGUUCCUGCACCACUAAGACCUGCUGGAUCACCCUCCCAAAGUUCAGAGAGAUCGGUUACCUGCUAAAGGAGCGUUACGGCGCCGCCAUUCAAGUGGAGCCGGUUCAUGCGUCCCGCCUCCGCCAACCUUCCUUCCUACGCCUCAAAGAGGGUCGGGGAUACCAGAAGCCCGCCGACACCGACCUGGUGUACCUGGAGCGCUCGCCCAACUACUGCGAGGAGGACAGGGCCACGGGGAGCACGGGGACGCGGGGCAGACUGUGCAACGGCACCUCGGCGUACACCGACGGCUGCAACGUGAUGUGCUGCGGCCGGGGGUACGACACGCUCCACUACACGAGGGUCUGGCAGUGCAACUGCAAGUUCCACUGGUGCUGCUUCGUCAAGUGCAACAUCUGCAGUGAGAAAUCGGAGGUUUUUACCUGCAACUAGAGAGAGGGAUGAAAAGGAAGUAUUUAUUCGACAUUUUUGCACAUUUUGACAUCCUAUUUGAAAUUCUUUAUGAAGGACGGUGAGGGAAGGCUUUGGGCUGGAGUUGCUGGUCUUAAGCAUCCUGCAAGAGAAAGGAUUUGUUUUGAAAAGCCAAAUAAAAAAAUGUCACAGACAGAAGGCGAACAAUUCUGCUACACAGGAUUGCGAUCAUGCAAGUGGUCAAAAGCUGGAAUAUGACUCACACUGUAUUCUGUUUGAACACUGAAAUGAAAAGUCAAUAUUUAUGUUAGAUUUAUAGCAAGGGGAAAUGACAACUCACCGUUUUUCUUCUCGGCUGUUGCAGAAUCUGUCAUUUGCAGACAUUAUCGGUAAGCUUUCAUACAUGAAGUCAGGGGUGUCCAAUGUGCGGCCCGAUGGCAGUUUUUGACCCCGGAACUGUUUCUUUACUGGUCCUCUGAAUAUUCAAAUAUAAAAUGAAUUCAUGAAUGAGAUAUACUAUAUCAUAAUAUAUUAACUUUGUGUCACAUGACACUAAUGUCCAAACAUUUUCCACUAAGGGCGACAAAAUGAAAAAUGAAAGCAUGAGGGGGCAUUUUGAUAGCUUUAAUUUUCAACACCAACAUAUAUACACAUAUUAGAUUAGAUUAGAUAGAUAGAUUAGAUAGUACUUUAUUUAUUCCGUCAGGAGAGUUCCUUCAGGAAAAUUACAAUUUUCAGCACAAUCCCAUUCAAGAUCAGACAAACAUUACAGGGAGACAGAACAGGAUCGCUGACGGGUCUGCCGGCUUCCAGCGCCCCUUACAAAAAAGAUGACAUACAGGUAAACAGGGAGAAAAGAAUAGAAGAUUAAAAUUAAAAAAUUAAAAAAUCGGUCUUAGCCUGGGCCCUGGAGUGGGGGUGCAGACUGAGGCAAGGGGAAAAAAAAAAUAUAUAUAUAUAUAUAUAUAUAUAUAUUUGUUUUUGUCUUCUCCUUUUAGGGUUCUCCUCAGGUUUUGCACCGGGGACCCAGACUGGUCACAGUCAUAAAAAUGUUAAAAACAAGUCAUUUUAUAUUUUUAUUAUUAUUACUCAACGCUUAAAUCUCCAGAUCAAUUUCAGGUCUAUAUGUCAAUAUAAAGUAAAAACAUUUUUUAUGUUAUAUGCCUUUUUGUCAAAGAAAAUCCUCUUUUUAUGGAAAAAACACAAAUAGGCGAUAUUUUCCCCCGAAAUGUUUUUUAAAGUGCAAUAUUUACGUAGGUCAAUAAUUCAUAACACUAUUGAUUUAUUUAUUUUGAAGCAAUUACAGUUUUUAAAAAAAAAUCCCACUAAAAUUGUGCAUCCAAAAGGGCCCCAUUCAUAAAAGUGAAGUGAAUUAUAUUUAUAUAGCGCUUUUUCUCUAGUGACUCAAAGCGCUUUACAUAGUGAAACCCAAUAUCUAAGUUACAUUCAAACCAGUGUGGGUGGCACUGGAAGCAGGUGGGUAAAGUGUCUUGCCCAAGGACACAACGGCAGUGACUAGGAUGGCGGAAGCGGGAAUCAAACCUGCAACCCUCAAGUUGCUGGCACGGCCACUCUACCAACCGAGCUGAACCGCUUUUAAAGUGUUUAAAAUAAGUCGUGCAUUUUUUACUUUUAAAACGUAAGUCUCUAGAUCAACUUCAGAUCGCUCUGUCGAUUUUAUCCUUUUUAUUCAUGUGUUUGUUUUAUGCCCUUUUUGUAAAAAAAACAAUAAAAACUGUUUUUUCAUAUGGCAAAAACACAAAAAAUGCUAAAUAUUCCCCCAAAAAUAUGUAAAAGUGGAAUAUUUUACAUGAAGUAAUUAGAGCCUUGAAUAAGUAAAUAAUUCUCAACAACAUUGAUUUUCAUUCGUAAUCAUUUUUUGAGCAAUGACCGCUUUAACGGGGAAAAAACAGCCUGCAUGGCAGCUUUGUGUUAUUAGGUCAAACAUUAAAACUUUUUCUCGUUGCAUUUUCAAUAGACCUCAGAAUAAGGGAUUCAAAAAGUUCAUUUUUCCACACGGACAUAUUAAGUAGCGUACCGCACGUUGUGUAAACAAUGCACACCAAGGCAUGCUAGCAGCGACUGGGCUAUGAUAGACUGACCAGACCUCCUCUUUUCACUGGAUAUGUCCUCUUUUGCGGGGCUGUCUGGGUGGAGUUUCUUAAAUCCCUCAAAUGUCCGGCAUUUUAGGUUCGGGUUGCGUGUAUUUUCAAUGUACGUUCGGGAUUAAGAAGGGGUUAAAAACAAAACAAAUUGUGCACGCAGCAACAUUGGUGAGGGAGGGGCAGAGACAGAGAGAGUUAUGAUGAACGCGCAUGCGUUGCCAAGGCUCUGCUUUUUAUCCAUAGAUUUAUUAGAUUUUAUUUUUUAUUAUCUAUAGCAGGGGUGUCAAAAGUGUGUCCCGGAAGCCAUUUGCGGCCCACAGCUAAUGUUUUAAAAGCCCACGUCACAUUCUAAAAAUACUAUUAAAAUAAACAAAAAAAUAACAAAAAUGAAAUAAAAAAGCUUAAAAGUUAAAUGUAAUUUAAAAAAAGUUGCAAUGUUCACUAAUAAAACAAAGCAGUUUUUUUUUCUUUCAAACUGUCAUUGCUCAAAACAUAAUAUUGAAUCAAAAUCAAUGUUUCUAUGAAUUAUUGACCUAUCCAAGGUUCCCAAUACUUCACAUUAAAUAUUCCACUAAGAAAAAUAUUUUUGGUGGAAGAUUUUGCAAAUUUGGUAAAUAAAUAACCAACAAAUUUAUAUUUUGUUGUUUUCUUACUGUACCGAAAAUGAACCGAACAGUGACCUCUAAAUCGAGGUACAUACCGAAUCGAAUUUUUGGUGUACCGUUA